GACUCCGCGCAGCCGCGAAGUGGAAGCAACAUGGCGGCGUCUGGGAAGGCUGAACGGCGAAAACGCGGAGCUGCGACUCGACUACCCAAGACCGACAACACGACCCCAGAAGAUGAAUCAGGACUUCUCACUGUGCCUGAUGGAUGGAAAGAACCACCUUUUACAAAAGAAGAUAACCCUAAAGGGCUUUUGGAAGAAAGCAGCUUUGCUACUCUUUUCCCUAAAUACAGAGAAGCUUAUUUGAAGGAAUGCUGGCCAUUAGUGCAGAAAGCUUUGAAUGAACAUCAUAUAAAUGCAGCUUUAGACCUAAUUGAAGGAAGCAUGACUGUCAGCACAACAAAGAAGACCUUUGAUCCAUAUGUCAUCAUCAGAGCCCGAGAUUUAAUAAAACUUUUAGCCAGAAGUGUUCCAUUUGAGCAGUCUGUACGUAUCCUUGAAGAUAAUAUAGCAUGUGACAUCAUUAAAAUAGGAUCCUUGGUCAGAAACAGAGAAAGAUUUAUAAAAAGAAGACAGAGGCUUAUUGGUCCAAAUGGAUCUACUCUAAAGGCGCUAGAAAUAUUAACCAGCUGCUAUAUCAUGGUUCAGGGGAACACUGUUUCAGCUCUUGGACCUUUCAAUGGUUUAAAAGAGGUUCGGAAAGUUGUUUUGGAUACCAUGAAGAAUAUUCAUCCCAUAUAUAAUAUCAAGACACUAAUGAUUAAAAGAGAAUUGUCAAAAGAUCCUGAAUUAAGAUUGCAAAGCUGGGAACGUUUUUUGCCCAAGUUCAAACACAAGAAUUUGAACAAACGGAAGGAACCAAAGAAGAAAAAUGUCAAGAAAGAAUACACUCCCUUCCCACCUCCACAACCAGAAAGUCAGGUUGAUAAAGAAUUAGCAAGUGGUGAAUAUUUCUUGAAAGAAAGUCAGAAGAAGCGUAAGAGAAUAGAAGAGAUAAAGGCAAAGCAAGCAGAAGCAAUUAGCAAGCGACAGGAGGAGAGAAAUAAAGCUUUUAUUCCACCUAAAGAAAAACCUGUUGUAAAACCAAAGAAAACAACAACUGAAACAAAGAUUGAUAUUGAAGCAAUUAAAGAAAAGGUUAAAAAAGCAAAGAAGAAGGUUGGAGCACUACCAGAAGAAGAGAUUAAAUUAAAAAUUGCAGUAGGUAAAAAGAAAAAGAAACCAUCUUUAAAGUUAUAGCACUUCACUUUUUGCAAGGAAGAAAGCUAUGAACUCCAAUUUUAUAUUUGUUUUUAUUUAUUUGCCUUAUUGUCAGUUAACAUCAUAGAAGAUGAAAAGUUGCAUUCCUUGAGGGAAGAAGGGGAAAAUUACCUUUCCAGGUUUUUAAUCUAAAAUUGACAGCUUGCUCUGUUGUAUUUUAAACAAUGUGGGAAAUAUUUCCAUACGUGUGAUAUCCAUUAGAAUAAACUGUUGACUUACAGCUAUUGGUGUAAAAAUGAUAGUAUAUGCAGGAUUAUCAUUGAGAAGAUUUUGUACAGUGUACAAAUACCAACAAACUUGGUUUUGUUUGUUUUAUUGCAUGGGACUCCGAAAGAUAGUUGUCUAGAACAUUUCAAGAAAUAACAGGUUUUCUGAGGGCAGCUGAAACAUUUUCUAAACAAAAAUGUAUAUUGCUUUAUUAAUUGAUUUUGUUUACUAGGCUUGCAUAAACUAUUUACAUAUUUCCUCAAUCUUUAUGGAAGGGGACUACUUUAAGUUUUGUUUAUAUUACUGGAGAAUUUUGCUUGCCAAAUGUUGGUUGCAAUUGAACGUUGAGUUAUUUUUUUCAUUCAGAUCAAUAAAGAGCCAAGAGCGUGAUAAGCAG